AAAAAAAAAGAGUCUUCCUAUAACACCAAACCCCUUCACUCACUCAUAUAAAUGUAUGCUACAUAACAUUGCAUGCAACACCACUUAGCUUCUCUUCAGAACUGAGACAAAGCUCAGUUCAGAAGCCUAACAAGAAUUUUAUGACACAAGUACAUAAAUCAAACAAGAGUGAAGCUUAGAAGAAAUUAAACAUGAUCAAAAGCACCCCAUUUGUUGUUUGAUUGAUAUGAGUGAUUUUUGAAUGAAAAUCAGAAGAGGGGUGGUGGCAAAAGAAUCCAAAGAUGGAUUCAAAUUUAAGCAGAAGCAUAAGCAGGAGCUUAAGCAGAUCAAGUUGGAAAAUGGAAGAGGUAUUUGCAAGUGGGAGAUAUUCAAGGAGAACCUCACAUGUUGAUGAAGAUGAAGAGGCUCUGAAAUGGGCUGCAAUUGAGAAGCUUCCAACCUAUGAUAGGUUGAGAACAAGUAUCAUUCAGAAUUUUGGUGAAGGUGAUCAUCAUCAUCAUCAUGAUGCCAAGGCUCAGCAUAGAGAAGUUGAUGUUAGGAAGCUUGAUAUGAAUGAGAGGCAACAAAUCAUUGAUCAAAUCUUCAAGGUUGCUGAAGAGGAUAAUGAGAAGUUCUUGACCAAGUUCAGAAACAGAAUUGAUAAGGUUGGAAUCAAACUUCCAACAGUUGAAGUAAGGUUUCAGAAUUUGACAGUUGAGGCUAAUUCCUAUGUUGGAAGCAGAGCUUUGCCAACACUUCCAAACACUGCAUUGAACAUUCUAGAAUCAGCACUUGGCAUGUGUGGGAUUAGUACUACUAAAAGAACAAAGCUCACAAUUCUUAAGAAUGCCUCCGGAAUUGUUAAACCCUCGAGGAUGGCCCUUUUACUUGGCCCACCUUCUUCAGGAAAAACAACUCUUUUGUUGGCAUUGGCUGGAAAAUUGGACUCUGAAUUGAAGGUUACCGGAGAAAUUAGUUAUAAUGGACAUAAGCCUAAUGAAUUUGUGCCAAGAAAGACUUCAGCAUACAUUAGCCAAAAUGAUGUUCAUGUUGGAGAAAUGACAGUUAAGGAGACACUUGAUUUCUCAGCUAGGUGCCAAGGAGUUGGAACUAGAUAUGGGCAACUGCAAUGGAAGGAACAGAAAGCAGUCUCAUCACUGAUUAUACUCUUAAAAUUUUAGGUCUUGAUAUUUGCAAGGAUACUAUUGUUGGAGAUGAAAUGCAUAGAGGUGUGUCUGGUGGCCAAAAGAAGCGUGUCACAACUGGUGAGAUGAUUGUUGGGCCCACAAAAACACUGUUUAUGGAUGAGAUAUCCACUGGUCUUGAUAGCUCCACAACAUAUCAAAUAGUGAAAUGCUUGCAACAAAUUGUGCACCUCACUGAAGGAACAAUCCUAAUGUCCCUUCUCCAACCAGCUCCUGAGACAUUCAAUCUCUUUGAUGACAUCAUUCUCAUUUCUGAGGGCCAAAUUGUCUACCAGGGUCCACGUGAGCACAUUGUUGAGUUCUUUGAAUCAUGUGGAUUCAAAUGCCCUGAGAGAAAGGGCAUUGCUGACUUUUUACAAGAGGUUACCUCAAGAAAGGAUCAAGAACAAUAUUGGGCAGACAGAAACAUACCAUACCGUUAUGUAACUGUAACAGAAUUCACAAACAAGUUCAAAAGAUUCCAUGUUGGAAUGCAACUGGAAAAUGAGCUAAGAGUGCCAUUUGACAGAUCAAGAGCACACAAAGCAGCACUUGUAUACAACAAAUGGUCAGUUCCCAAAAUGGACCUUCUAAGAGCAUGUUGGGACAAAGAGUGGCUCCUCAUCAAGAGGAACUCAUUUGUCUACAUCUUCAAGACUGUCCAGAUCAUCAUUAUUGCCUUCAUCGCCGCCACUGUGUUUAUAAGGACGAAAAUGCACCGGCGAAAUGAGGACGAUGCAGCCCUCUACGUCGGCGCAAUCUUGUUUAGCAUGAUCAUGAACAUGUUCAAUGGUUUUGCUGAGCUUGCACUCACCAUUCAAAGGCUUCCUGUGUUUUACAAGCAGAGGGAUCAUCUUUUCCACCCUGCUUGGACUUACACUCUUCCCAAUUUCCUCUUGAGGAUUCCAAUUUCAAUAUUCGAGUCUCUUGUUUGGGUGCUUGUUACCUACUACACUAUAGGAUUUGCACCUGAAGCUGAGAGGUUCUUCAAGCAACUUUUGUUGGUGUUCCUUGUUCAACAAAUGGCUGCUGGAAUGUUUAGGUUCAUUUCUGGAGUCUGCAGAACAAUGAUCAUAGCAAACACUGGUGGUGCACUCAUGCUUCUUCUUGUUUUCCUUCUUGGUGGUUUCAUCCUUCCGAAACGUGAAAUUCCAAAUUGGUGGGUGUGGGGAUACUGGGUUUCACCACUAACAUAUGCUUUCAAUGCCCUUGCUGUGAAUGAAUUAUAUGCACCAAGAUGGAGCAAACCAUCUCCUACACAGGCAAAUUUGACAUUAGGUGUGUCUACAUUAAGAAACUUUGAUGCUUUUGCCAACAAGAACUGGUACUGGAUUGGUGUAGGAUCACUUUUAGCCUUCACUAUUUUGUACAAUGUUCUGUUUACUCUUGCACUUAUGUACCUAAAUCCUCUUGGAAAGAAACAAGCAAUUAUAACUGAAGAAGAUGCGAGCGAAAUGGAGGUGGGCGAAGAACCAAGACUAGUUAGGCCACCAGAAACCAAUCGAGAAUCAAUGCUCCGGUCGUUGUCUAAGGCUGAUGGAAAUAACUCAAGUGAAGUUGCGAUGCAGCGAAUGAGCAGCCGGUCUAAUCCCAAUGGAACAAGAAAUUCUGAUUCGACACUUGAUUCGGCCACUGGUGUAGCCCCAAAGAGAGGAAUGAUUCUACCUUUCCAGCCACUUGCAAUGUCCUUUGACAGUGUUAAUUACUAUGUGGACAUGCCUGCAGAAAUGAAAGAGCAAGGAGUGGCAGAGGAUAGGCUGCAACUUCUGAGGGAAGUAACAAGUGCCUUUAGGCCUGGAGUCUUGACUGCUCUGAUGGGAGUCAGUGGAGCUGGGAAGACAACUUUGAUGGAUGUUUUGGCCGGAAGAAAGACCGGUGGUUACAUUGAAGGAGAUAUUAGAAUCUCCGGGUUCCCUAAGAAGCAAGAAACCUUUGCUAGAGUUUCAGGUUACUGCGAACAGCCGCGAAGAAAAGACACAAUUUGUGGACCAAGUUAUGGACUUGGUAGAGUUGGAUAGUCUCAAGGAUGCUAUAGUUGGGCUUCCAGGAGUUACAGGGCUGUCGACCGAACAGCGAAAGAGGCUGACAAUCGCUGUCGAGCUUGUUGCUAAUCCUUCAAUCAUUUUCAUGGAUGAACCAACCUCAGGUCUUGAUGCAAGAGCAGCAGCCAUUGUUAUGAGAACAGUGAGGAACACUGUGGACACCGGAAGAACAGUUGUCUGCACAAUUCACCAGCCUAGCAUAGAUAUCUUUGAAGCUUUUGACGAGCUCUUGCUGAUGAAAAGAGGAGGGCAAGUGAUCUACUCAGGACCUUUAGGCCGGAACUCGCAAAAGAUUGUAGAAUACUUUGAGGCAAUUCCAGGUGUCCCAAAGAUCAAGGAAAUGUACAACCCUGCAACAUGGAUGCUUGAAGUAAGUUCCAUUGCAGCCGAAGUCCGGCUUGGAAUGGACUUUGCUGAAUACUACAGGAACUCUGCUUUGUUCCAGCGCAACAAAACUCUUGUGAAGGAGCUAAGCACGCCGCCUCCUGGCGCAAAGGAUCUAUAUUUCCCCACCAAGUACUCUCAAAAUGCAUGGGGUCAGUUCACAUCUUGUUUAUGGAAGCAAUGGCUGACAUAUUGGAGAAGUCCAGAUUACAAUCUUGUUAGAUUCUUCUUCACCUUAGCAAGUGCUCUCAUGAUUGGGACAGUGUUCUGGAGAGUUGGCAAGCACACGUUGACCACAUCUAGCUUGACCAUGGUUAUUGGAGCAAUGUAUGCUGCAGUUAUUUUCGUUGGAAUUAACAACUGCCAAACUGUCCAACCGGUAGUAGCCAUUGAACGAACUGUAUUCUAUCGAGAAAGAGCCGCCGGAAUGUAUGCUCCUAUGCCUUAUGCCAUUGCACAGGUUCUUACUGAGAUUCCUUAUGUAUUCAUCCAAGCUGUGUAUUACUCACUCAUAGUGUAUGCAAUGGUGUCCUUUGACUGGAAGGUGGAGAAGUUCUUUUGGUUCUUCUUUGUCAGCUUCUUCUCCUUCUUGUACUUCACAUACUAUGGCAUGAUGACUGUUUCCAUCACACCAAACCAUCAAGUUGCAUCGAUCUUCGCAGCAGCAUUCUAUGGACUCUUCAAUCUCUUCUCUGGUUUCUUUAUCCCAAGACCUAAAAUUCCUAAAUGGUGGAUUUGGUACUACUGGAUUUGUCCUGUGGCAUGGACAGUGUAUGGACUAAUCGUUUCACAGUACAGAGAUAUCACCACCGAAAUGUUUAUAGCCAGCGAAAAUAGGAACUACACUGUCAAAGAUUAUAUUAACCACCAUUAUGGUUUCAAAUCAGACUUCAUGGGGCCAGUUGCUGCAGUUUUGGUGCUUUUCGCUGUCUUCUUCGCCUUUGUGUUUGCCGUAUGCAUCAGGGCACUGAACUUCCAAACAAGAUAAAAGAGAGCUGCAUUGUAACAAAAUAUGAUGAAGUUAUGUUCUGGAAAAAAUUCUAGAAGUCCUAGUGAUUUGUAUGUGUAUAUAUAUAUAUAUAUAUAACUGAUGCUGUAGCCAGCACUCCAGAAAGAUUUUAUGCAGCAUAUGGUCGGUGACAACAAUAUUUUUGAUAGCAGUUCUUUGAGGGUUUUGAAGUAACCAGUAAGUGUAAAUCAUAUGAAUGUUGGUAUUAUUGUUAGUUUGCUUUGCUG